AUGCAGGCUCUGAGCAUCACUCUGCUUUCCACAGUGCCUUUGGAAGCUUUCCUGUUAGAUGGUUUUCACAGGUCCAUGUGGAACAGUGUUCAAUAUUCCAGGGAAUCUGACCCCUUCUCCCUGUUUACUGCCCCUCUUGUUUGUCUUUUUUCUCUCAUUUCCUCCGCUUGUGUUAACUCUGUUUUGUACUCCUUCUUUGAAUUUUCCUCUCUCUCUCUGUUUUUUUCUCUCUCCCUACCUUCUCCUUCCUCCCUUCUCUCUCUGACUAACCCUUUCUCUGCAGGUAUUUCUAUUGUGUUCCAUCAGAUUUAUGUCUCCUCCUGCCCGUUUCUCUAA